CGUGAAAAAGUGAGAAGUGUCAAAGUCCAAAAGGUAGACAUCAGAGUUGACUCGGCUUCAUAUGCUCCAAACAAGCCACUUUUUGUUCCUCAAUACGCACAUAGUUUUGGAUUUUUCUCCAUGUUAACUUCUGUAUGAUGAAUACCAGCCUUGAUUUGUUAAAGAUAAAUGAGAAAAAUCCCCCAAUAAUUGUGUGGGACGACUGGACGUUUUGCACAUUGGCGUGUGUUCCCUAGGCUUGACUGAUCAGGAGCCCCAACUGUAUCCAUGAGACACAAUGAUUUUCCGUCUCUGAGCUGUUCAACAAUGACACAAAGAUUGGGCUUGCAUCUGGAUAGCCUGGAACCCGAGUCCUCCAACUGCCCUGAGGAGAACGAUGAGACAGUGAGCGAGGAUAGUGUUCCCAGCAUGCUCCCCUCAGAGCCGCACUCUGCCAGCCCGUCGGACCUGCACACCCCCGCUGGCAGUUUGAGCGGGAUGACAGGCGGGUUCUCGCACGCGGGAGAGCUCGGCCAAUCGCUGACUAGCAGCAGCAUUUACCGGCCGCCCUGCGCUCCGCCGGUCAGCUACGAACCCGCCACGCCCUACCCCAGCUGGGGGGGCUGCCCCAGCACCCUGGAUCCACACAAGGGGGCCUGGCUGCACCCCAGCUUGGCCAGCAGCUUCUCCGGGUACCCCAGCAGCCUGCCGGCCGGCCUUCCGUCAGAGGGGUACCCCAGCUUCCCUGUGGCGGGCCCGUAUCCCCUGAGGGGCUCACACUCCCUGCCGGGCCGGUGCAGUCCUAGCCUGGAGCAGCCGGGUUCGCUGCACUCCGUCCUCUCGAACACUGCACUCCCGCACGGAUACUACCUGGCCCCCUUCCCCUGUCAGCCCCCCGGCCCAACCUGCUGCUCCAGGUGUCCCGCAGAGGGUUUCAGUUUGGGUGCUCCACCCCAUCACAGUCCCUGGCUGGGGUACCACCAGCCACACCGGCCUUCGGGUCCGUAUCACUGUGGAUGGCCAGGAGCCGGCUCCUCCCAGAGUGGGUAUGCCCAUCCACACCUGAACAAGAAGACCCCCACAUGCAGCGUACCCCUAUCCUUGGAGCACCGGAAGGUAUUUGUCACCUACGAGGCCGACAGCGAUGGGCAUGUCAAUGAGAUAAUCAAGUUCGUGGCCUUGCUACGUCACAAUGGCUUCGACACCCGGAUCGACGUAUUCGAACAACAGUUUCGCAGCAUCAGCAAAAUCGACUUCAUGGAGAAGUUCAUCAGUGAGAAAGACUACCUGAUCAUAAUAGUCAUUAGCCCCAAAUACUACGAGACUGUGACAGGUGCGCACAUGAGCAUGGAGAAUGACGAAAGGACGCUGAACACCGUCUACAUCCACAAGCAGCUUCAGAACGAGUUCAUUCAGAAUGGCAGCCGAAACUUCAGGUUCAUCCCCAUUCUCUUUCCUGGUGCCAGAAAGUGCCACGUGCCGACCUGGCUCCAGAACACGCAUGUCUACAGCUGGCCCAGAGACCGGGACGACGUCCUGCGCCGGCUGAUGAGGGUGGAGAAGUACAACCCCCCUCCCAUUGGAGAGCUGCCCACUAUCGUGUCCAUCCCUCUGUAGUCACAGCGCCCCCAUCUGACUGAACACCAAAACUGCAGGAGGCCUGACUUCUGACCACAGAUGGUCAGAAGAGGGAAAAUACUGUACUCGUUCUAUUGGCGUAGAUUUGUCUCAAUUAAUGAAAAGUAAAAAUGCAAGAAUUCAGCUCAUUAUAAAUACUGUAAAUAAAACCAUAUUGAAAGCAAAAUACAAGUCCAAACAUUUAGAAAAAAAAGUUGGAAGCAAAUUUAACUUCAGUGGUAAAUUGCAUUGAGACAUACUCCUCUAUUAAACAUUAGACUGGCACUGCAAUGCCUGCAUGGACUUCUUCAAAGCAAUGGCAAUUUCAGAUGAGCCCUGGAGUUUUUCUUAAGAUUCUUUAAUAAUAUAAAAGGCCAAUAUAAUUCUCUGGAUAUUAUUUUUGUCAUAAAGAACAUUUUUAUCUGAAGUCUCCCACUAAUUUUAAUACCUGUUUUCAGGCCUUGCUUUCCAUUGCUGAAAUAACUGAUGUUCAUUUGUAUUUUACAACUGGAAACCCAGUCCAGCUGGCUGUAAAUAUGCAUGCUUUGAAAAUAAAAGAAAUAUUAAUGUACA